AUGAUCAAGGAAGUCACACCUGGGCAGGUGUACCACUACCAGGUGCAGGUAGUCUCUGGGACAACCUCAGGAGAAGCCUCCCCACCGCUCAUCCACGUGCAUGGAACACCCUACUGUGGGGAUGGGAAGGUGACCACGAGCCUGGAGGAGGAAUGUGAUGAUGGUGACUUGCUGGAUGGAGAUGGUUGUUCCAGGAAGUGUAAAAAGGAAAAAGGCUUCAGCUGUGUCGGGGAGCCAAGCCUGUGCUACAUUCAUGAUGGGGAUGGUGUGUGUGAGCCCUUCGAGAUAAAAAGCAGCAUGCUGGACUGUGGUCCACACACUCCUGAGGGAUAUGUGGAUCUGUGGGCAGUGAAAGCCUAUGCCUCCCUACAAGAUGCAAAGUCCUGCCCUGCUUCCUUAGUCACUGGAGAGCCUGUUGUGAAGGUAUGUAAAUCCCACCCUCAUGAGGUGCCAAAGGACCUUUUGGAGGCUGCUUGGUUUCCCUGUACUCCCAGCCAAGAGAAUGCCCAGGAACCAAAUGAGAAGAUGCUCUUGGGAGAUGAGGGUGUUUGGCUCAAGGUUUGCUUUGAGAGACCUGCAGUGCCCACCUCCCUCCUGCUCUUCCUGGCCUCCUCUGGCACUGUCCCAAGCCAGCAGCACAAGCCGGUGGUUGGCGUGCAGCUGACUGACACAGACGGACAGAACCGCUCUUUGGGGAUGUACGAGCUGUCGUGUCAGCACAACCCCCUCAUCAUCAACGUGACCCAUAGCCAGGAGGACCCAUCCCCCCAGGUUGCUUCAGUGCUUUUCAACUUCUCCUCUGCACUUGUGGGCAUUGCAGCCGUGGCCUUGCGGACCUUGGCUCAGCCUGGCUCCUCUGACCCCCUCAGCACCUGCCUCCUGCAGCACGAGGAGGGCUACAGCUGUGCCCACGGUGCCUGCCUGGGAUCGGGAAUUUGCACGCGGCCACUGCUCGCUCAUGCUGCCACCCUCAACUGCAGCUCUGAUGGCCCAAGGCACAUGAUGUGCACUGUUUCCUGUGAAAAGGGCUUCGUCCUCCGCUCCAGUGCUGGGAAGAGGCUGGGCUCCAUGGAGCAGGAGGUGGUGCUGACGUGCAGUUCGGGCCAGUGGGACAGAUCUGUGACUUGUGCCCCUGUUGACUGCCGUGUCCCUGACCAGUCCCACGUGUACUAUGCUGAGUUCUCCUGCCCUGUGGGGACUACCUACCUGCAGAGAUGCUCCUUCUCCUGCAUCCCCCCAGCCAAGCUUCAAGGAACAAACCAGUGGCUCACCUGCCUGGAGGAUGGUCUCUGGUCCCUGCCUGAAGCUUACUGCAAGCUGGAGUGUGACGUGCCUCCCGCCGUGGCCAACGCCAAGCUCCUGGUGCCUCGCUGCCUGCAGGGGAACCACGAUGUGGGCUCAGUCUGUCGCUACAAGUGCAAGCCUGGAUACCACGUGGCCGACAGCACAGCAGACAAGCCUAAGAAGAAGUUCCUGAAGGUCCAGUGCCUGGAGAGUGGGCAGUGGGAAGAGGGACACUGCGUCCCUGUGGUUUGCAAGCCCCCACCCCCCGUCUUUGAGGGCAUGUACAACUGCACCCAGGGCUUCGAGCUGGACAGCCAGUGUGUCCUCAACUGUGAGCAGCAGGGACAGCAGGUUCCCAUCAUCUGCACUAAGGAGGGCUUGUGGACAGAGGAGUUCAAACUGUGUGAGAGCUUGCAGGGCACCUGCCCACCACCCCCGGAGCUGAAUUUCGUGGAGUACAAGUGUGAGCAGGGGCAUGGCAUUGGUGCUGUGUGCAUUCCUUCCUGUAUCAUUCCUCCCAGUGACCCCGUCAUACUGCCCAAAAACGUCACUGCUGAGACAAUGGAUCACCGGCUGCAGCCCACCAGAGUCCAGAACAUUGUGUGCACGGGCAGGCUGCGGUGGUACCCGGAGCCCUCUGUCAUUCACUGCAUCCAGUCGUGCGAGCCCUUCCAAGCAGAUGGCUGGUGUGACACCAUCAACAACCGGGCAUACUGCCAGUAUGACGGCGGGGACUGCUGCUCCUCCACACUGUCCUCCAGGAAGGUGAUCCCGUUUGCUGCUGACUGCGACCAGGACGAGUGCACCUGCCGCGACCCGGCGGCCGAGGAGAACCAGUAGCGGCACCAUGAGGGGCCUCUCUGGGUCAGGCAGCGCCGGAGGAGCCAAGGGGCAGCAGCGGGGCCGUGGGAAUGGCAGGGGCGAGGGGGCAGGAGCCUGAGGGAGAGCCGGGCAGGGGGAUGGCGACCGCGCACGGAGGGGUUGGGUCUGGGCCACCGAGGAGCCCAGGAGGGCAGGAAUGUGGUCCCCUCCCCAUCGCUGCUCCCUCCAGAACCCACACGAGGCGCUCAGCCAGGGGUCUGGUGCCGCCUCAGCCACACGCCGGGCUAGGGUCCAUCCACGCCGAGAGCCCAGGUGCUGCCACGGAUGUUUGUCCUGGUCCGGCUCCUGGGUGUCUGUCUUUGCUCUGGAUUUUGUCACUAUUCACCCCUCUCUGCUGUACAGACUUCUUUUAGCAAGGUCGAGGUAGUUGUGAUCUCUCUGCAAAUAUUUAAACUUAAUUAUAUCUAUAUACAUAUAUAUAAUAUAUAUAUAUAAAUAUAUAUUAUAUUUUCUUUGCUCUUGAUGAAGCUGAGAAAGGAUAUCCUUUAUCACACACCCAUGCUGCUGUGAAGUACUAACCAUUGAGAAAAGUGCAGGUCAGGGCAGGAGGAGCAGGGGUUUUCCCCUUCCUUGCUGAGAGGGAGCUGGAAGGAGGACAGCAAGAGAAGCCAAACAUCCAGGCCAUGCCAGGAGAGAGCUCCCCAGGAGUGGAUGCUCUCACCUCGAGGUGAUUUGGGCAUCUUGCAGGGACCAAGUUUUGCCCUUGGUAUUUGCCAGUGCUUUGCCUUGUUCUGCUUAGGGUGUGGAUCAGGAUCAGGAUUCUGGGGUUGAGAAAAAAUGUUAUUGUGCUCUUGAAUCAUCCCAGUGAGCACAACAGAUUCCAAGGGCACCACAGGCAUCCAUCACACAUUAUUUUAGAGCCCUCUGGGCAUGUGUCCAUGGGGAUCACUGCAUGGUCAACAGGAGCAAAGACUCAGCAUGUUCCCCCUCUGUCUCCCUCCCCCAGCCACUGCACACCCAGCUGGAUGUAGAGGCCAAACCAGUGUUGCUGUGUGAUGCUGGAAUGAAGGAUGCUGAGGUGGUCCUUCUUCUCUUCCCCCCACAUCUGAGCUCCAACUGAGUUGUGUUGUCAGAGGAGACUAGACCCUGUAAUGCCAAAGGGACCAAAAAACACCUGUCAGGAGACUUUGAGAAUCAUCUUUUCUCAUUGACAUUUUCCUUAGUAUCAGUAGUAUUACUAUCUCUGUCCCAGCCCCUCAUGCUGGACAUACAGCUGCUGAUUUCCAAGAGGCUCUUGCUCCUGUAGGCACUAAGUGAAAAUCUGCAGAUUCAAUUCUGGCCUCAGAGAAGCCCAGCAAGAACCUCUGCCCCCAAAAAUUGAUUCCCAGAAGCUCAGCUAGGACCCAGCCACAUAAAGGCAGCAAUGGGGAAGGUGCCUGGCUCCAGCUGGGAUUAUCACUAAUGGUUUUGUGCUAUAAAGAGGCAGAGAAAAGGGACAGAGGAGAAGAGAGCAGAGAAGGGACCACAGAAUAGGAACUCAUUGCAGGGAGCCCGGGUGAGCUGCAGGCUGGGAGCAAAGGACUCCAGGCUGUGUCCUGCCUGCACGGCCUGUGCUGUUGGAUACAGGCUUGCAGUGGUGGAGAGAGGGUGACACGGUGUGGAGAGACCAGGAAUUUUCAAGGCAUCGUUUGGCUUCCACUAGCUCUACCCCAUCCUAUUUUGUCAGGAAUUUCCUAGGGUUGUGUUUUACUGGAGGACCCGAGUAGGGGCAGAGGUGCUGGGAUGUCCCACCAGCAUCCAGGCAGGAGAUGCCUUGUCCUUCUCCAAGCCCUUUCCUGACCCCCAAGUGUCCCCAUCCACCUGGCCUAGGCAGAGAUUUGAAGAGGUGGGGGACAAUGAGCCCCAUCUCCUCUUGGGACACUGACAUUUUUGUUCUCAUCGUGCACAGGUUGACCCCACCCCAAAAUUCACUGUCAGUCAGGCAGAUAGCAGCAAUAUUUUGUCAGAUAUCAACUUUUCAAUAAAAAAAAACAAAAAAAACAACCCUCAAGCAACCCAAGGAAAUUCAAGUAAUAGUUGGCCCAGCACCCCCAGGAUGUGCAACUCAGGCAGCCUGUCCUGCUCCACCAGUGCAGGAAAUGGGAGAUCCAGGGGCUCCAACACAGUAGGAGUGGGGUUCUGGCAGCCCCCAACACCUGGGGGCAGUGGGGAUGUGGGAUGAACACAGCACACAGAAGCAGAAUUUCAAGUUCCAGCAUCUUGUCAUGACAAACCCUUCCCUGCCUGGUGUCAGCAUUACCUGCAUGCCCAUGUGUUUAUAUGCCAAAUUUGUAUCCUUUUGGCAUGAAAAUCCUGGGAUUUUUUUCUCUGCUCACCUGUGUGUGCAGGGGAGGGACUGUGCCCCAUGGAAAGGGGAACAGGAGUAGGGUUGGGAUGGGAAGUGCUGGCUUGGCUGGUAGACAUUUGUGCUUCUCAUGACCAGACAGCUUCUACGUACCGAAAUAUUGUUCUUCUAUAGCGACACUGAGCGGUUUUUGUCCCCUUUAGGGUUUUAUUCACAACGGAGGCUGCUGCUAUUUUUAUUUUUUUGUAUUUGAUAAUUAUUUUUUAUAAAAAUCUAUGAAAAAUAAAUAAUCUUCUCAUCCUCCAUCUCUCUUGCCUCCUUGAUUCCCCCAAAAGGG